AUGCCGCGCGGCAAUCCUAAAGGGCUAGUCCCUCCCUCUAUGAUGCAUUUGCAGUCUAGGCAACUGCCUUCCCAUGCCAGCAAAGAUUAUCACAAGUACAUCUCCAGCAAAGGCGGUUUGGUUGAAGCUGACGAUGAAACCGACACUGCUACGCCCGACCGCCGUCAAACCGGACCACGGUCAAAUCAAGCUCGACGGAGACUGAGUGCCGGGUCAGGCCCUGGAACCCCGGGUGCAGGGGGGAAGGGUUCUGCGCUGCAGGCGGCGGCGAAAUCCGCCCAGCCUUCUCCCGCCGAAGCUGCUCCCGGCGGUACACCUGAAGGCGAUGGUGAGCGUGGUCCCCGUGCUGCAGCGACUGUGGCUGCAAACGUUGAUGCAGCCUUCGCUACUGAUGAAGCGGGUGAUGCUGCUGGCAAAGCUGGAGAUAGCACGAUGGAGUUGGCGAUGACCCGGGUGCGUGGAAAGGCCUAUGCCACUGAGGCUGUGCGUUUUUGCGAGGAGGGAAGGCAGCAGUUGGAGGUGAAUGAUGAGCUUCAACUCAAGCUUGCCGACCAGGAAAAACAAGUCGAGGAACUUAAAGCUGAGCUUCAAAGCCGGGAUUCAGACCUGAAGGACGCGCUGGCGCUGUUGAAGCAUCUGGCGCAGAAGCUCGCUGAGGAUCAGCUUGGGAAACUGAAUUGGCGGGCAAGGUGCAAGACUGCCCACAUCAAAGAGGCAUGCGACGAUUUCCUCUUCAAGCAGGAGUCGUUGAACCUGUCACCCGAUCCUGAACAGAUGCUCGCUGCUUUGAUCAUGUUACUGGGCAUCCCCUGGCAUGUCGACAAGAAGGGGAAGCCGUUUUCCAGCCCUGCGUUUGUGAAGUGCGUGAGGCUGUGGGAUUCGAGUGGCGACAUGCCUGUUGCUCUGUUUCCAGUUCAGCUGCUUGUCAUCCUUGCAGCGGUGAGGUACAAGUUCCGCCAUCCCAGCGCCACGAGGUCCCAGUUGGAUCGGUCUGGAGAUCCUGGUGCCCUUGCCAGGCAGGCACGUGUAGUGCAGCGCUGGAUCAACAGCAGUGAUGUCACUCGGAAGGACGGCUGCCUUGGGAUUGGCAAGCUGUGCAUUGUUGGCUGGAAGGAGAUUCCAGAGGAUGAGCUGGCGGCAGACGAGUACGGGGAUGAGGGUCUGGAUCUGACGAGCAACAUUGAUUCGCAGGAGCAGGAUUAUGAUGAGGAUGAGGAGCAGCCAGAGCUUUUUUAG